AUGUCUCCCAGCAACAGCGUCUCCCUCGAAGAGGAGAAGGAGAAGGGGUUCGUACAUGACUCUAACGUCGAUGUCGUCGCCCUCCCCGAAGCCGAUCCAGACACGGUCAUUGUCAACCGGUGGGGUUACUUUGGUCCCGUUCUUGAGCGACUCUUCGCUAGCGGUGUGGAGGCGCGAGGUGUUGAGCGGGUGCCGGAAGACCAGAGGUCGAAUAAGAACCAAUGGAACAAUAAGGAUUCUUGGGUGCAAGGAUUUAUUGAACGAUCCGAGGACUCUAGCUCCGUCAAUUGCGUCCUCACGACAAUCCCAAUCGGAGUUUUGGCGCAGGAGUACUAUACCUUGACGCUUCCACACGCUAUUGCGACUAUCAUGUGCUUCGGCGCCCUGGGUGCCCUCUGCGUUGCUUUCAUCAGCACGCUGGGACCGAAGACUGGCUUGCGGACGAUGAUUAUCACACGAUAUAGUUCCGGCUAUAUCGGUGGGACCAUAUACUCCGUGCUCAACGUCUUGACGCAGCUGGGAUUCUCCGUUACUGCGGUGAUCCUCGGCGGUCAAACACUCGCUUCAAUCAACCCGGGCACACUCCCGCUCGUGGUGGGUAUCAUCAUCAUCGCGAUAUGCAGUCUUGUACCUUGUUUCAUUGGGUACGAGAUGGUGCACAUUUACGAGCGGUAUGCGUGGAUAGUCAUGGUCUUGGUGAUGCUGUUCCUUUGGGGCCUUGGUGGUCGCGCAGGCUUCGACAUGGACAUACAAAAGCCUUUGGAAGCCACAGGCAGGUCGCUCUCUGGGGAUGUUCUCUCUUUCGGCGGCAUCAUAUUUGGUUCAUUUACUGGGUGGGCACCCGUCGCAGCGGACUACAACUGUAGGCUUCCAGCGAACACCUCUAGCAUCAAGGUCUUUUUCCUCACCUUUUUCGGGCUGUUCAUCCCGAUCUGCUUCGUGGAAAUCCUGGGUGCUGCACUCAUGACCAUCAGUGACCCUGCAUAUGCCGAGGUAAUUGCCUCUGGCGACACUGGAGCUCUGUUGAGCCAAGUUGUUUCCCCAUGGAAAGGUGGAGGAAAAUUCGUUCUCGUCUUGCUUGCAUUCUCUGUCGUUGCCAACAAUAUCCCGAACACCUAUUCUGCGGGUAUCUCAGUGCAAGCGCUUGGACGACCGUUUGCAAUGGUGCCUCGGUUCCUAUGGGUAUUCCUCGCAUUCGUCGCUUAUACCGUGGCGGGUGUCGCUGGCCGCGAGCAUUUCUCCGCUAUCUUGUCAAAUUUCCUAAGUAUUCUGAGCUACUGGACCGCAUUCUUCAUCGUCAUUGUAGCGGAGGAACAUUUCAUCUUCAGGCGAAAGAAUGGUCCGUUGGGUGGAUAUAACCUUGAUGAUUAUGAUACCCCAAGCCGGCUCCCUCUUGGCUGUGCCGGUGUACUGGCAGGAUGUUUUGGUGUUGCAGGAGCCGUUGUGUGGUAUACAGGACCUCUUGGAAUGGAUGCAGGUGCCGAUGGCUACGGUGCGGAUCUUGGGUUUGAGCUUGCCGCUGCAUUUUCGGCGUUCAUGUUUCCGCCACUACGAUGGCUGGAGAUUCGCCUUACUGGAAGGUAG